CUCUCAAUUGUGGGCUUAGUCCGGCUGGUAAAUACGAGAAAACAAGAUGAACACACGCACCGAAUGGCAUUUCUGCAUACUAAUCGUAUGCCAGGCUUUGACGCCCCAACCACCGCCUACCAAGCAGCAGCACAGGCCACAGCCAUGCACCACAGCUAGGCGCGGCGCGCUGCAAGCGUUAGUGGCGGCACCCGUCGUCAGAGCCAUCGCGGCCAGCGCGGCAGAAACGCCACAAACGCCGACGGUCUCGCGCGAAGUCCUCUCGGGCCUCGCCGGCGGCGCCGCGCAACGAAUCACCAAGGAUGUGGUGUUGUACCCCAUCGACACGGUCAAGGUCCGACUCCAGACGGUCCAGGGACGAACAUUGAGCCGGCGCGUCUUCGUGGACCCCUACGCGGGCGUUUUGGCCCCGCUCGUCGUCGGCGUGCCGGCCGCGGCGCUCUUCUUCGGCGUCAAGGACGGGCUGGGGGAGCUCGCGGCGGAGCGAGGACUCACAGAUCCGUUUUUAGUGGAGGCAGUGACAGUAUGUCUGGCGAACGCCCCGUACUGGCUCGCCCGCGCGCCGAUUGAACUCAUCAAGACGCGGCAGCAGCUCGCCAACACUACGAUGGAGAAGCCCUGGGCCGUCGCACAAACAAUCAUCGAGAGCGACGGCCUCGCCGGCCUCUGGACGGGUUUCCGGGAGAGCUACUGGCACGCGGUGCCCGCGGACGUCCUCAAGUUUUCGGUCUAUCGAGCGCUGAAGGACAGGUACGGCGGCGCCGGCAUCUUCAGAAAAGCUCUGUUGGGGUCCGCCGCGUCCGCGGUGGCAUUGUCCGCCACCACACCUCUCGACGUCGCCAAGACGCGAAGCAUGGAGCGCGGCGCCGCCAGCGAAGAUAUCAUCAAGCGCCUCGGUGCUAUCCUGGAUACGGAGGGCGUCGGGGCGCUGUACGCGGGUUUGGGUCCGCGCGUCGCGCGCGCCGCGGUCUCCGGUGGCUUGCAGUUCGGGUCGUACGAAGCGGCGAAGAGGCUCUUCGGUUGAAUUAUUUAAUAACGUG